AUGAGGAGAUCAACGAGGAAAUCCUCCAUCGGAAUAGGAUUAGGAGUAGAAGAGCGCCUCAAUUCAAAUCCGCUUCCUAUUUUUCAACCAAUUGAAGAGUUAAGUAGAAUUAUAGUUGGAUUUUCUGGGUCAAGUAAAUUAAGAAACCCUUGUGCUGAGAUUCGGGUAACAGGGUCAAUUGUUCAUCGCAUGAACAAGAAAUUAAAACUUGAUGAAGCUUUUAUAUGCAUUUUUGAGGGUUUGCUAUACAAAUGUGUACAGAUUGGGAGUUUUAGUACAAGAUUUUCCUUGUCUUCGUUUGUUAAGCGGGUUGAGAAACUCACUGAUGAUCAAAGAAACGCAAUAAAGAAAGUGGGUUUUGGCAAUUUGCUUCUAAUACCUAAUCAGAUGCUGAGCAAGAAUUUGCUAGUAGAGUUGAUGGAGAGAUGGAAUUUUGAGGAACGUGGUUUUAUGCUGCUUCCUGGUAUAAUCAAAAUUACACUGAUGGAUGUUGCUUUAAUAUUAGGGAUACGUGUGACUGGUGAUCCGAUACUCCUUAGGGAGGAUGAAGCAUUUUCUGAUUUGGAAAGUGAUUAUGGCGCUGCUUUAUGGAAGAGAAAGAUAACAGUUGCAUCACUUGAAAGUAGACUUGAUUCACUAGGGGAACUAGUUAAUGAAGACUUUGUUAGGACGUUCAUACUCUUCACAUUUGGCACUGUUCUUUUUCCGAAUGCAAAUGGAAAAGUGGAUUCCCGUUAUCUUUCCUUCCUUAAAAAUUUGGAUGAUAUUGGUCACUUUGCGUGGGGUGCAGCUGUUCUAGAGGACAUUUUCAUGUGGUUGAACAAAAGAAAAGAGUCAAAUGUGCAAUAUGUUGGUGGUUGUCUUAUACUUCUUCAAAUAUGGUGUUAUGAGCACAUUGACCUGGCCCGACCAGACUUGAUAGAUGGCCACUUGAUGUUUCCCCGUGCAUGCCGAUGGGAAAAUAGUAGGUCUCAUCAGAGACAAUGGUUCACUGCAAAAUUUAGGGAACUGCAGGAUCAUCAGAUAACAUGGCAGCUUCAACCGACUUCUGAGGAGUUACAAUUUGAUGUUAUCAAUGAGUUAUUGGAGGUCGAGAGUUCCAGCAUAGACAACUCUUCAGAUGGUGGUUCAAUUAUUGCUGUUGUUGGACUCGAAAUAGAAUCAAUUGGGCAUUAUUCUAGUAAAGUACAAGCACAACAGGUAAAAGAGAUCGAUUUGAAGAAAUCAAUAGUAUCACAAAAUAAACCUGAAGUGCAAACACCAUCAACUUCAUGUGCUUCAGUAUUACACAAAGACGGCAUGGAGCUAUCAUCACAAUGCCAGAACUCUGAUAAAUUGACGAGAGUCAAGGUUGUUGGACCUCACCUGGAAUCAGAUGGGAGUAGUACCAGUGAAGAACAAGAGUCCAAUUUGAAUCAGUCA